CACAGUAACUGUUAGCUAUUAAUGCGAUAAUGUAGUCGCUCUUUGCGGUCACGGUGGGGAAAAUGUGGCCCAUCUCUAAUGCAACACCUGUUGUCAACAAACAGUUUUCGAGUUUUUCCUUUAAUUUGUACAGUGCAGAAUUUUAAAAUCUGGCGUAAAAUGUUUGAACGUAACCAAAAAACGAUAUUUGUGUUGGACCACACUCGCUAUUUCAGCAUUUCCAGCGAGCAAUAUAUAUCAAUGGACUACCUGAAGGGGAAACCGGUGCAGGAGACACCGGCUUCCGGUAGCAGCUCCAUGGUCGUCGGCACACAGCUGAGCAAAAGUUUGUGGACCUGUGCCGUUGAGUCUUCCAUUGAAUAUUGUCGCAUUGUUUGGGAUCUGUUUCCGGGGAAAAAGCAUGUGCGAUUUAUUGUCUCCGAUACGGCGGCACACAUAGUCAACACCUGGAGCCCCAGCACUCAAAAUAUGUCGCAUGUUUCAAAUGCCAUGAUGAUGGUUAGCGUACCAUCACGCAGUAUUCCGCAAUCAUCAGACUACUCGGUCAUACAUGGACUGCGUGCUGCUAUCGAGGCCCUGGCAGAGCCAACGGAUGAGCAGCUGUUAGCGACCCAAGUCGGUUGCAAACAAAUCCCCAACAAGGGGCGUGUCAUCUGCAUCACAUCGGCGCGGGAUAAUACAAGCAUGAAAAGCUUAGAAGACAUCUUUAAUACGGUAUUGCUACAGCAAAAUGCAUUGGUUGCACCGCCUAGCAAAAAAGGGCUGCAGAUAGAUCAUUGCCAUCUGGUCAUAUUAAAUAUUGUGCCCUUAGGAGUGGAAUCCUUGGUGACCAAUCGGAAUCUACUCGAAAUCUCGCCACUUCUGGACGUCGAAAUACACACAGUGAACGCACCAGACAUUUCGGAUAAACUCUUGCAUCUUAUUAUGGGCCAUUACGAUCUGGCCAGCACCACGGUGACCAACAUACCCAUGAAAGAGGAACAGAAUGCCAAUUCAAGCGCUAAUUAUGAUGUAGAAAUAUUGCAUGAACGCGCUGCGCAUACAAGAGUCUGCGGACCGGAUUUUACUUUAACCACAAGUAUAAAGCCAGGGACUACUUACGAAACAGUAACACUUAAAUGGUGCACGCCGCGUGGCUGUGGCUCUUCUGAUCUGCAGCCGUGUGUCGGACAGUAUAAUGUUACACCUGUGGACGUCACCUCCCGUCCUAGUUCUUGCCUGAUCAACUUUCUAUUGAAUGGACGCUCUGUGCUGCUGGAGGUGCCUCGCAAAACGGGCACUAAGACAACUAGCCACAUGCUGUCGGCUCGAGGCGGCGAAAUCUUUGUACACUCCCUAUCCAUAGCACGCUCUGCCAUGGACGAAGCGCCGUCAAUUAGUGAUGGACCUGGUGGACGUGUCUCCGACUAUCGCAUACCCGAAUUAGGCCAGUUGUUUAAGAUGUCGCGAAUGGUGCCUCUGAAGACGAAGCCCAAGGGUAAAUGUUCACAGGGUGAACAUCUUUGGAGGCGACUACCGCGCUACUUUCCUAGAACCACGAAUGUAACAAUUCUGUUCAAUUUGCAACGCCAAUUGAACUGGCUGCCACACUUUUUGCAUUUGAUAGUCAAGGAGGAUAUGGACAAGCAGGACGAAGUGCGUUGCCAGCAGCAAAUCCACGAGCUAUACAAGAGCGCCUCUCGAGGCGACAUGCUACCCUUUAAUACUACAAAUAACGCGCGCCCAAAGGUAGGCAAGACAAAGGAUCAGUACAGACUAUUCUACAGGGAACUGGAGCAACUAAUUCAACUAAAUGCCCAAACACCACAUCACAAGAAUCUGCUAGAGAGUCUGCAAAGCCUGCGAGCGGCCUAUGGUGAUGUUAGCAGCAAAUUGGACCCGGGUGCUUCCCAUUUGCGUUCCUAUACAGAAUCGCCCCUGUCACCCGAACGCUUGGAGCCCACAAGCAGCGCCAGCAACAGUUCCAGCAGCAUUUUAAAGGCUAGCAAGCGACGCAUGUCUAGCUCUGGUCAGCGUUCGUUGCUGGACAUGAUUAGCAUAGCAGAACGCAGCCAAUCAAACAAGCGCUUGGAUUUCUCUGGACGCCUUUGCACGCCCCUGGGUCAAACAGCGAAAUUGUAUCCCGAUUUUGGAAACAAAGAGAAGGAUAUUCUUACCCCUGGCGUAGUCACCUCAAAUUUAAAAGAUGAGUCCAUACGCAGUUAGCAAUACGUUAGUUGAGUAGAUUAUUCAACUUAAAGCAUGAACAUUCAAAGUCUACAUGUUGUUGUUCACGCUAAAACCUGAAAUCCUUCUAUUAUUAAAAUUGACUUCUGGCUUGUAAACUUUUGGUAAAUAAGAAAUAGUUAAAGAAUAA